UGAUCUCUUCUAGACUAUCUUCUCCCUUGUCUCUUCUCCUUUUUCUUUUCUUCCCUUUCAGCUUUUCCAAAUCCCGCCUUUCUCUUGGUCGAAUGAUGUUCUCGCUGUUCGGGCUAGCUCGUUUGCUCCGCAUCUAGUCCUUGCUUAUUUCUUGUCUGGCAUUUCGAAAAGUUUCUUGUCUCGCUUUUUAACGUAACCGCUUCGCUCUCCUCUUUUUUUCCUCCUUCAUGUCCGUGUCCGUUCUCUCUCUCUCUCACCUUGUUUCUCUUUCCUUCUUAUGCCCCCUCCACGCGGAAAUGUUUAUGAUACGCCCUGAUCGAUGCCCCGGAUAUGCUUCUUUUCCAGGGCCGCUUCCUGCUCUCGGCAUAAUUCACUGUCACAUAUCCCCUUUGAAAAACUGUCCUAGCUUUUCUCGUGUGGGAAAAUUUGAGAAAUUCGGGGAGUGCGGGAGUUGAGUUCCUCCUUGUCAUUUCUUCUUGUUCUCUUCUCACAGAAGUCC